AUGCCGGGGCCGCGCCGGGACCGCCCGGCCGUGCUGCUGCUGCUCGGGGCGCUGCUGGCGGCCGACCUCUACUUCCACCUCUGGCCGCGGGCGCGGCGGGAGCUGGCGGCGGGCGCCCCGGGCUGCCCCUGCCGCCGCCGCCCCGCGCCCGCCGCCCCUCCGCCCCGCGCCCGCGCCGCCUCCGCGCUGCGGCGCCUCUUCGCCCACCCGCUGUACCGCGCCGCCGCCCCGCGGGGCCUCGCCGAGCCGCUGCUGGGCGCCCGCGAAGCCCUGCGCUACUACCGGCGGAAGGCGGCCCGCUGGAACAGGAGACACAAGCUUUACAGGGAGGAGCUGAACCUAACCUCCCCGGUGGUGCCGCUGCCGCUCCGGCCGGAGGCCAGCUGGCUCCAGUUCCACCUGGGCAUCAGCCGCGACGGGCUCUACCCGCGCUCCAGCCCCGCCGUCGACAGGCUCCUCCGCGACAUGCGAGACUUCACCACGAUCAGUGCCGACUACAGCCAGGACGAGAAAGCGCUGCUGGGGGCCUGCGACUGCAGCCAGAUCGUGAAGCCCAGCGGCGUGCACCUGAAGCUGGUCCUCAGGUUCCAGGAUUUUGGGAAAGCCAUGUUCAAGCCCAUGAGGCAGAAGCGCGAGGAAGAGACUCCCGAGGACUUUUUCUACUUCGUUGACUUCCAGCGGCACAACGCAGAGAUCGCCGCCUUCCACCUGGACAGGAUCCUGGAUUUCCGGAGGGUACCACCCACAGUUGGGAGGUUGAUCAAUGUCACCAAGGAGAUCCUGGAGGUCACCAAGAAUGAGAUCCUGCAGAGCGUCUUCUUCGUCUCACCAGCCAGCAACGUCUGCUUCUUUGCCAAGUGCCCGUACAUGUGCAAGACGGAGUACGCGGUGUGUGGGAACCCUCACCUCCUGGAAGGGUCCCUCUCCGCCUUCCUGCCAUCCCUCAACCUGGCACCACGACUCUCUAUCCCAAACCCAUGGAUCCGGUCCUACUCAUUUGAUGGAAAAGAGGAGUGGGAAGUGAAUCCGCUCUACUGCAACACGGUGAGGGAGAUCUACCCCUACAGCAACGGCAACCGGCUGCUUAACAUCGUUGACAUGGCCAUAUUUGACUUCCUAAUAGGGAACAUGGACCGUCACCACUAUGAAAUGUUCACCAAGUUUGGGGACGAUGGCUUCCUCCUACAUCUGGACAAUGCCAGAGGGUUCGGGCGGCAUUCCCAUGAUGAAACCUCCAUCCUGGCCCCGCUCUCCCAGUGUUGCACAAUAAAGAGGACAACGUUAUUACGACUCCAGCUCUUGGCUGAGCCCGAAUAUCGCCUCAGCGACGUGAUGAGGGAAUCCCUCCUGCAGGACCGCCUGGCACCUGUCCUCACCGAACCACAUCUCCUGGCUUUAGACAGACGGCUACAGCUUAUCCUGAAAGCUGUGAGGAAAUGCAUAGACACGUAUGGAGAAGCCAAGGUGGUGGCCAACGACACCAGGCAGCCUGAGGCUCCUGCGUCUGACAGAGCCAAUCUGACCACUUAAACAGUCCUUAACUCAUGCUCAGAGAUGGGGAAAACCCCUGCAGCAAGUUUUAAUAGCUGGUAAUUUCCAUCUACAAACCCUUGCGGAGACUGAGAGAGGAAACUCUUCAGAAGACCUUCAAGAAUCACACUGGGCUUCUAUGCUGGGUACCAAAGCUUCUGCGCUUGGCCAGCGUGUUGGUAAGUUGUGGUCUGACUGCAGCAGACCUUUACACCCCAAAUACCAGCUCUCAGGGGGAAAAGCAGUGAUCUCCUGUUCUGUACUUGGUCAUGCCCAUGGGAGGGCGGGGGAACACAUGGCCAUUGGUUUGCUCAACCUGCACGGGAUCUCGGUCUUGCUAGUAAAGAACACAAAC